AUGUUCGAGGCAAAAGGCAUUUCGUUAAAAUUAGACGAUCGCGAUCGUUGGUUAUUCAAGGAUGUACAUAUUUUUUUGGAAAAAGGAGAUACUCUUGUUAUAAGAGGUCCUAGUGGAGCAGGAAAGACUACUUUAUUGAAAUGUUUAGCCCAUCUUCAACCGUAUACAGCUGGACAAACUUACUUGUACGGCAAGACUCCUGCGCAUUAUGGAAUUACUAUUUGGAGAUCAAGAGUGAUGUACGUCCCGCAAAGACCUGCUCUUCAUCCGGGUACGCCUAUGGAUUUGUUCAAUAUGGCAAAAUCAUAUGCCUCGCAAAAAGGAAAAUAUUUCGAUGAUCCAAUCAAAAUUGGUAUGGAUUGGAAUUUGUCGGCUUCUCAUUUUUAUGAAAAUUGGUCUUUCUUGUCGGGUGGUCAAAUGCAACGAUGUCAACUAGCUGUUGCUCUUGCUUUGAAUCCAGAGAUUUUGCUUUUAGAUGAACCUACCUCGGCUUUGGAUCCUGAAACUACGCUGCUAGUCGAAAAAUCGUUACAAGGACGUACAUGCAUCUGGAUCACGCAUAGUCCAGAUCAAGAAAAGAGAGUAGGCACUCAAACGUUAACCCUGUCUAGAUUAGCAUCACCAGCAGAAGAGCACGAUGAGGAGAUUGUUGUACCACUUAACAGUCAGUAG